AUGAGUAGUCAGUACGACGACGAAAUCCGCGACCGCAGCGAGUGUAAAAGCAAGUCGCCCACCGUGCUUUCCUCGUACUGCAUAGACAGUAUACUGGGCAGAAGAAGCCCGUGCAAAGUCAGACAGCUGGGAGCGCAAAGUUUGCUUGCACCCGUCAGAGCGGACAACGAUCAGUCAACUGAAGUCACCUCUAAAGAAAACUCCUUUGACUCGGAUAUGCACCUGCCGCCCAAACUACGCCGGCUCUACGGCCCAGGGGGGAAGUACCUGGACUCCGGGAGGAUGUUUCAUGAGCACCUAGAGAAGAGGGAGAGGGAGAGAUUGCUGGACCAUGCCCGUGAGAGCCUCAAAAUCAGCCAGGCGCCACAAGUCAGCAUUAGCCGUAGCAAGUCAUAUAGGGAGAAUGCGCACUUCAGCCAAAAUGACGAAGGCCAAAGCCACGAACAUACAGCACAGGAGCUGGUGGAACUCAGUACUCUGAAGUUUGAAGAGGACGUUGUCAAAGAAGAGGCGUGCGGAAAUACCAGCUUGUCUCCCAAGGAUGAAGAGAGUCUGCACAACGAUGGGGAUGUAAAAGAUGGAGAGGACAGUGUGUGUCUGUCGGCCGGGAGCGACACAGAGGAGGGCAUGCUUAAACGGAAGCAGAGAAGAUACAGGACUACCUUCACCAGCUAUCAGCUGGAGGAGCUGGAGAGGGCCUUCCAGAAGACACACUACCCCGAUGUGUUCACCAGAGAGGAGCUCGCGAUGAGGCUGGAUCUUACAGAAGCGCGCGUACAAGUUUGGUUUCAGAACCGAAGGGCAAAGUGGAGGAAACGGGAGAAGGCAGGUGUCCAGGCUCACCCCACAGGCCUGCCCUUUCCAGGGCCACUGGCAGGCGCUCACCCUCUAAGUCACUACCUUGAAGGAGGGCCCUUCCCACCUCACCCGGCUUUGGAAUCAGCAUGGACCGCUGCUGCAUUCCCAGGCCUGGCCCCACCACACAACAGCUCUGCCCUCCCUCCUGCCACACCCCUCGGCCUAGGAACCUUCCUGGGCACAUCAAUGUUCAGGCAUCCAGCGUUCAUUGGACCCACAUUUGGCAGACUUUUCUCAAGUAUGGGUCCUCUGACUAGUGCUUCCAUGGCCGCUGCUCUCCUGCGGCAAACUGUUCCGCCAGUGGAGAGUCCAGUGCAGCCACCCACAACUCUGCCAGAACCUUCUUCCUCCUCAUCGUCUAUGGCCGCAGACCGCAGGGCAUCUAGCAUUGCAGCGCUGCGUCUCAAAGCAAAAGAACAUUCAGCCCAGUUGACCCAACUAAACAUCCUGCCAUCUAGCACUGCAGGGAAGGAAGUGUGCUGAUCCUUCUCCUUAAAACAAAAUAAAAAAAUAAAAGAAACCAUCUCAACAAAAAGCAUGACCAAAACCAUAUAGCACUAGCACAUUGGAGACUCGUCCGACAUUGGAGUCAACGCAUUAUCAGUGACUCCCACUGGACAAUCUCACCUAAUUUCACACAGUAAUCCAAACAUAUUUACCCCCUGUUUAAAAAUCCUCACUACUCCUGAGCAUAGAGCGAAAUGAGAGUGUAAUAGGCACCUCAGAGGGUAAGUUAGGCAGACAGUGCUUGGUAGGGUCAUUAAAUCAAUCCAGUCUUUUGGGUCAAGAGGAAGUGCUGUAAAAUAUAUUUUACACAUCCACAGAGAAGAAUCACUGGAACAACACUGCAGUACAGAACUCAAUCUCUUCCUAGUCUUCUCUCAUUGCUGAAGCAGGGUUGGGUCAAAUAUGCCAAAGGGAACUGUCACAACCUGCGACCCGAACCUGACUUUUACCAAUCCUGAAGCACACGCAUUCUCUCAUGUUUGGCCUUAAUAAUGGCAAAUCAACUUCUGAAAAUUAAUACUUAGCUUUAUUUUCUGUUUGUUUCCAACAAUUAUGUUAAAUGUGAUAUUUAGGAGAAAAUAAUGAAAAAAGAAAUGCAUUGUUUAAAGGAUGAAUAAUGUGAAAAUGUUCAACUUUAGCUUGUUUACUGAUCUGUUAAGGAUAUAGAGCUCUGUUUAAAAAGAAUGAAAGGGGGAGAAAAUGAUAAGGACAAAGGUUUAUUUGAAAACAUGUUUUGAGAAUAUGCUCUCGGAGUAGUACUGUAGAAAUUGCUUCGAGUAGAUUCACUUUAUGUUCGUUUGAUUAAAGUUUUAGAUUAUUAUUUAUGUAUACCCGGUAGAGAGCUUGGAAUCCAAGC